AUGACUUCAAUAACACGUAAAGUUAUUUCAACAAUUACAACAGCUUAUAGAAAUAUCAAUCCGUCAACACUUAAUGGUGCUAUUGAUAUUAUUGUUGUUCAACAAGAAGAUGGAACACUUUGUUGUACACCAUUUCAUGUUCGUUUUGGAAAAUUAGGUGUUUUACAAAGUUUACAAAAUAAAGUUUAUAUAACAAUAAAUGAUGUUCCUGUUGAAGAUUUAUAUAUGCAAUUAGGUGAAGCCGGUGAAGCUGUUUUCAUUGAAGAAAAUGAUAAUACACCAAUUAAUCAACCAAUUCGUCAUUUAGAACCAUCAAAUACAAAUACAUUUCUUGAUCCAGAUAAUGCAAUAGAAUUAUCAACAGAUAUAAAUUCUCAUACACAUUUAUCAAAUAUUGAUUGUUCAGUACAACUAAUAAAUAAUAAACAACUUGAUAAAAAAAAUGAUUCAAAUGAAAAUAAUCUAUAUGAACAAGAAUCUAAACCAACAAUAAAUAUUGAUGUACUUCAUUCAAAUAUAUUUUUAUCAACACGUCGUCGUCCAAAACGACGUUUAUUUAAUAAUCAUAUUGAUCAAUAUAAUAAACAAACAAGUGAAGAUGAUGAACAAGAUAUAUUUAAUCAAUAUUCAUCAUUAAAACGUCGUUCACGUGCACGUAAACGUGAAUCAAUAUCAAUAACAACAAAUACAAAUACAAAUAUAUUAACACCAACAUAUAAUAAUGAUCAAAUAUGUACAUCAAUUAAACUUUUACGUAAACGUAGUGCUAGUGAAAAUGAUUUACCAUUAUUUCAAAUUGAUACAGAAUUAUCAACAUUUAUUGAUGAAUCAAAUUGUUUUAAUAAUAUUGAUAAUCGACCUAAAACACUUGAUUUAAAUAUAAUAAAUUCUAAUCAAGAAAAUUUUUCUAUUGAAAAUUCAGAUAAUAUUAAUGAACAAAAACCAAGAACAUUAUCAAAUCCAAUUAUAAUUGAACAAAAAUAUGAUAAAAAAACAGAAUCUAUUGAAGAAUCAGAUACAUUAAUUAAUUCUGUUUUAUCAAAAUCAGCACCAUUAGAUACAAUUGUAAAUACAAAUAAUCUUCGUAUAAAUCAAUCAGAUGAUUUUUAUAGACAUGAAGAAUAUUCACCAACAUCAACUUAUGAAAGUGUUUUAUCACCACGACCAACAAGUCCAAAAUCAGAUACAGAAUAUGAAUUAGAUAAACCUUCUCAACAAUCAUCAAAUGUACGUUGGCAAUGGAAAUGGGGUGAAUUACCUGAACAACGACAAAGUGUUUUUCGAUAUUUAUGGCCAUCAUCAUCAAAAAAAAAUACACCAAAAGAAGGUGUCUAUCUUGAUGAAAUAACAAAUAAUCAAAGUGUUGAUCGAUCUCUUUAUUUACCACAAUUAGAUUAUCAUCAAAAUCAAUUACGAACAACAAAUGAUGAUGAUCAAGAAUCUGGUACAGGAAAUUCAAUACCACAAUCACCAUUUCGAGAACAUGAAGCAUCUUGUUUUCUUGGCGAUACUCAACUUUCACUGUGUGGUAAUAUUAAUAAACAAUCUUUAAUUACAGAUGAAGUAUUUAAUGCACAUCUUAUUAAUUUUGAAACAUUUGCUAGUAAUCCAUCAAUUAUUAAUGAUCCAAAUUUAGUUGUACGAAUUAAUGGAAAAUAUUAUAAUUGGAAUGUUGCUUCAGCACUUAUUAUAUCAACAAGUAUUUUUCAUAAACCAUUACCAUCUGAAAUAAUUGAACAAUUACAAGAAAAACAUAUGGCACAAACAAAACCACGUACAACUGGUGGUGGUUGGUGGUUACCAUUUUAUGGUAAAAAAUCUGAUAUGAAAAAUGAAAAUUCUAAAGUAAUUACAUCAACAGAUGUUAUUGCAGCAGCUGCAAAAUCUGAAAUUGUACCAAUAACAUUAAAUCGUCACGAUUCAAAUGAUAAUCUUAAAACAUCGAAAAUUUCAAAAACAGAUAAUGAUAGUGAACAAGAAGAUAGUGAAGUAAGAAAAUUAACAGCUAAAAUAGAAGAAGAAAAAGCACAACAACAACAACAAUCAUCUUCAACACAUUCUUCUCAUCAAACAACAUUAAAAAAAACUAUGAUACUUUCAUCAGAUCAAUUAAAAUGUUUAAAUCUUAAAUUAGGUAAAAAUAAAGUUGAAUUUAGUGUUACAACAGCAUUACAAGGUACAACAACAGUUGAAUCAAAUAUAUUCUUAUUUGAUCAUAUGACUAAAUUUGUUAUAUCUGAUAUUGAUGGAACAAUAACUAAAUCAGAUGUUUUAGGUCAUAUAAUACCAUUAGUUGGUGGUGAUUGGUCACAUGAUGGUAUAGCUGAAUUUUUUAAUGCUAUUCAAGAAAAUGGUUAUCAAUUUAUAUAUUUAUCGGCACGAGCUAUUGGACAAAGUCAAAUAACAAGAAAUUUCUUAAGAAAUAUUAAACAAUCUGAUAGAGAAUUACCUGUUGGACCAUUACUUAUAUCACCUGAUACAUUAAUGACUGCACUUUAUCGAGAAGUUAUUGCUAAAAAACCUGAAGAUUUUAAAAUUGAAUGUUUAAAAAAUAUUGCUAGUCUUUAUCCUGGUAAAAAUCCAUUUUAUGCUGGUUUUGGUAAUCGAAUUAAUGAUCAAUGGGCAUAUACAGCUGUUGGAAUACCUGUAACACGUAUUUAUACAAUAAAUCCUCGUGGUGAAGUUGUACGACAAAAAUUAUCUCAAGCUUUAUCAACUUCAUAUAAAAAUUUACAUGAAAUUGUUGAUCUUUUAUUUCCACCAAUGGAUUCAUUUUCAGCAAGUGAAACAUAUUCAGUUUAUACAUAUUGGCGUGAAGAACCAACAAUAGAUUUAUUUGAAGAUGAAAUGCGUAUACAAUUAGAAGAAAUAGAAAAACGACAAAAAACAACGAAAUCAAAUAUGAAAAAUAAAGGUUCAACAAUUAAAACACCAACAUCAGGUAUUUUACCAAAAACAACACCAACAACGACUAUUGUUAAACCUACAGGUGAUAAAUUAUUAACAAUAGCUCAAGCAACAGAAAAUACUGUUAAACGUGCAUAG